AUGCCGAAAUUCUUUUGCGACUACUGCGAUGUAUACCUCACCCACGACUCCAUGAGCGUGCGCAAAGCUCACAAUAGUGGCAAGAACCAUUUGCGCAAUGUGGUAGACUACUACCAACAAAUCGGCCACGAAAAGGCACAGUCCGUCAUCGACUCCAUCACCUCAUCCUACGCCGCCGAGGGCCAAGCACAUGCGAACCCCAUGCUUCCUCAAAACCAGCCGGGCAAUGCUUUCCCGCCACCGUUCCCAUUCCCAGCAGGCGGCCCUCCUCCAUUUCCUGGUAUGCCUGGCGCUGCUCCAGGCCAGUUCCCCCAUGGAAUGCCCCCUCCUGCUGGUGGCCGUGGCAUCCCUCCUAUGCCUCCCUUCCCCCCCGGUCCCAACGGUUUACCAGUUCCUCCACCCGGCGGCCUGCCGUUCCCUCCACCGCCAGGAGGACUUCCUUUCCCUCCCCCGGGGGCUUCGGGCGCGCCUCCAGGGUUCCCUGGUAUGCCGGGCAUGCCGCCUCCUCCGGGCCAAGGCUUCCCUCCUGGCUCUGCUCCGCCGCCUGGCUUCCCGGGUGGUCUUGGGACGCCUGGGCAGGAUAGAAGGUGA